AUGGACCUUGCUCGUUAUGUCGAUGCGCUGAACGGCCGACUUCUGUUCGCGAUCCCCAAGAAAGGGCGGUUGCACGACAAGUGCUUGGAACUGUUGGCAGGUGCCGACAUCCAUUCCAACCACAACAUGGCAUUGGUCUUCCUACCCGCGUCCGACAUCCCCUCAUUCGUCGGGAAGGGUAACGACGUGAUCAAGGAGUCCCAAAUGCAGCAGCACGUCACCGAGGUCCUCCCGCUCAACUUCGGCAAAUGCGCGCUGCAGGUGCAGGUCCCGGAGGCGGGGCCAGUCCAGUCCGUCGAGCAACUCACGGGCAAGCGCGUCGUUACCUCCUUCGAGGUCCUCUCUGGCGAGUACUUCGGGAGGCUCGACGACCAGCUCGGCCUCGUCGGCGACAAGAAGACGAGGAUUGAAUACGUCGGCGGCAGUGUUGAGGCGGCGUGCGCGCUCGGGCUCGCUGACGGUAUCGAGUCUGGCGAUACGAUGCGCGCGGCGGGCCUGCACGCCAUCGCGACGCUCCUGCAGACCGAGGCGGUGCUCAUCAAGUCGAGCACGCCGAAGCACGAGUCGCUCGACCCGCUCAUCAAGCUGAUCACCGCCCGCAUCGCCGGCGUUGUCGCCGCGGGCAAGUACGUCGUCUGCGAGUACAACAUCACCCGCGCGAAGCUGCACGACGCGACCACCAUACGCCCGGCCGCCGACGAGGCGUGGGUCGCGGUGAGCAGCAUGGUCGAGAAGAAGCGCAUAGCGGACGUCAUGGACGAACUCGUCAAGAUGGGGCCGAGACAUACUCAUCUUCAAUCUCGACAACUGCAGAGUAUAGGCGCCGGACCGUGGUCACGUACGCUGUCGGCAGCAAGGACUGUAGAUCUAGUAUUUAUUGCAUACAUAUUGCUCAUGAAGUGUUGA